AUGGCGCCGCAGCUUCCGGCCUUGGCCCAGAGUGAGUCCAAGGCCAGAUUCUUCGCUCGACUUGGCUUGGACUUGACCAAUGGAACCCAUCGACGGGUGUAUAAUCUCAUGAAGAUGGAAGCCGCUGAAGGCAGGAAACGACUGCUCGAAGGCCAAUCGAGUAGCACUGCGCAGAUCCACGAGGACGCCUGGCAAAGCGAAGUCAUGCGAAUAUACAAUGAGGCGCAACCGCAGACGCUUGCCGUAUAUCGAUUCGGCCACGAUGUAGCUGAUGCUCAGAAUCCAGACAACUGGAUCAUUCGAUGGAUGCUUUGGCACGUAUUCCGAUACAGGGAUUAUCGAAACAAGAAUCGUCCGGAUAAGAGCCCCAGAGAUGAUCGAGAUCCGAGUUCGGAUGAAGACGAAGGCUCUGGCAAGCGGCGGAGGCCGAGCGCCAGUAGCAACGCAUCCAAGAAUGCCGCCACUGCAGCGGGCACGAGCGGUAGCAGCACCCAGCCUGCUGACAGCGCAAGUCCGCCAAACCGAACGUACUGGGAUCCUGUGCGCAACCAGUAGCAGUGCUGAAAGCCUUCAAACCGCAUUGCUGCCACCUUGAAGCAUCCGCUUCCAAGAUACACGACCAGAUCGCACUCUUUCUACGGCAUGAUUCACACGCCUGGACCGGUGCCUUCAAAGACUCGGAGUUUGACGGUAGCCAUUGGUAGCCGCACGUCUUGAAAUUCAUGCGGAAAGAGCAUUCCGUGUCUUCGCAGCAGAGGCAGCUCUUCUUUCAGUCCCGACGAUGGUCCUCGAUCGAUGGAUGAUAGCGGACGGAAUCGUGGCGUCGAGUGAACAUCGAACAGGACAGCGGCUAGAGCACACUUGUCGAAGGACGUGUUGGUCACACAUGCCCGUGCCCAUGCCCUAGUCUCAGCAUGCGAUCCAUACGAUCGCAUACGAGCGAAUGCAAUAUCGCAUAGUGGGUCAAGUUCUGGCGCUACGUGAAUGCGCAUUCUGUCGUUCUGCAGCGUGGCAGCAAUCAAGAUGUGACGAUGCUCGUCAUUUGUUCCAACCUUGGUCAGGAGAUUAGGAAGACCAACGAAAAGUCUAGCAGGAAGCAUGGAACACAAUCCUAUAGAAGCUAUCCGUUUUCUGGGAAGUCCCCCAGACAGAAUUGCUUGCGGUUGAAGCUGAAAAUUACACGCCUGCGGCAG